AGAGAACAUUUGAGAAGCCGUUGUAUGAAGGAUUGUUCUUAAAUGAACACAACAAGAGAGACAACUGAAAGACGAGUUUGGUAAGAAAAACAAACAUUCUGUUUCUUGCUCUAUUUCCAAACACUUUAACUGCAUGGAGGGAUGAUGUUUGAUGACUGCCUUGCUCUUGUUUCGGGAGUGGAGCCAUGGACGUUCCAGCUGGACGUCCGUUUCAAGUCAGAGAUCUUCAGUUGAAUGCUCAGGUGGCGCUCGACUUCUUGUGCCCUGAAAGCGUUGGAGAGUUAGCUAGACUAGCCGAAGAGAUCCGGUGUUUACCGAACGACCAUGAGGCAAAACUUCAGAUUCUAGAGAUAGGAAAAGGAAAGAUAUCGUUAUACGCAGCUAGUUCAGCUAUCAAAGAAGUUCAGAAGCUGAUCUUGGAUCCAAAAAAAAAUUGGUUCCAUUGUUGUGACUACAAAAGAUUUGGAGCAGAGCUUGGUUUUGAGGACGCUAACUUAACCAAAGCAGUCUCCAACAACUUGGAUAAGGCAAUCAAGCAGCCACAACAAAAUCAGCUGCAUUUGAUCAGUCAAGAAUUUGUACAGUAGUAUUAACAUUGUUGUGACUAGUAUUACUUACUAUUCAGGAUUUGUAAGUAUAGUACUAAUACUACUAUUCAGGAUUUGUGUAUAUGCUGUAUAAAUUAUUUGCAUGAGCAUCAUUAUUUUCACUUCAA